CUGAGAAAAAGGAGAAAUGAGGGAGUACUAAAUAAGUUCUCCCCUCCCGGUUCGGAUCAGCAACCAUGUCCAAUGUCUCCAAAUGACAGCAAAAGUUGUCGCGAACAUAUAAUAAAUUCGCAACACCGCACAUUCCAAAUCGUCCCACCUGCCUGCAUUCCUUGCAAAUUGCAAUCGGCUAUUCACUGUUCACGAGAGCCCUAAAGAAGAUUUCAAGCUCUUCCUUAGAUCAUUUCUACCUUUGAUUUUCCCGCUAUGAUUUUCUCCCUUUUGGAAGUUUAGCUGCUCAAGAUUUACCCAUGGCGGAGAUGAACAACAGCGCCCCGCUGGCGCCGCAGACCAGCUCGCGAUCUGUGACGGAGACGAUCAACGGAUCUCACCGGUUCGUGAUCCAGGGGUACUCGUUGGCCAAGGGCAUGGGGAUCGGGAAACAUAUUGCCAGUGACAAUUUCACCGUCGGCGGUCACCAAUGGGCUAUCUACUUUUACCCGGACGGUAAAAACCCAGAAGACAAUUCGACGUACGUUUCCGUUUUCAUUGCUUUGGCGAGUGAGGGGACUGAUGUUAGGGCCUUGUUCGAGCUGACUCUGAUUGAUCAGAGCGGAAAGGGCAGGCACAAGGUCCACAGCCACUUCGAUCGAUCCCUUGAGACUGGUCCCUACACUUUGAAAUACCGUGGCAGCAUGUGGGGAUACAAACGUUUUUUCAGGCGUGUAAUGCUGGAAACGUCUGAUUAUCUAAAGGAUGACUGUUUGAAAAUUAAUUGUACUGUUGGAGUCGUGCGCUCUACAAUAGACUUGGCAACCCUGCCUUCCAUUCACGUUCCUGAUUCAGAUAUUGGAGCACAUUUUGGCAUGCUUCUAGAAAACAUGGAAGAGUCUGAUAUUACUUUCAAUGUUUCUGGUGAAAAGUUUCGUGCCCAUAAGCUGGUAAUGGCUGCUCGUUCUCCCAUUUUUCGUUCAGAGUUCUUUGAUGGACAGGAGAGUGAUGAGAUGGACAUUGCUGUUAGUAAUAUGGAACCCAAGGUCUUCAAGGCUAUGCUGCACUUUGUGUACACAGAUGCUCUUUUGGUAGAUGAUCUAGAAUCAUCUAGCUCUUCUAGUAUAACCUCAGUGGCUGAUGCAUUAGCAGCAAAGUUGCUUGAAGCAGCCGAUCGAUAUGAUCUGGGAAGACUCAAGCAGAUGUGUGAAGCUUAUCUAUGCAAAGAUAUAACAGUGGACUCAGUUGCAAAGAUGCUAGCUCUUGCAGACUGUUAUCAUGCCAUGGAACUCAAAGCCGUCUGCCUUAGAUUUGCUGCUGAAAACCUUGCUGCUGUGAUGCAAACAGAUGGCUUUGAGUACCUGAAAGAGAACUGCCCGUCUCUUCAGUCGGAACUUCUGAAGACAGUGGCUGGUUGUGAUGAUGAUGAUUGUAGCAGCGGAGGGGGGAAGUCUAGGAGCGUUUGGGCACAUCUUUCAGACAGUGGUGGAACUGAUGGAAGGAGGGUACGCCAAAGGACCUGAUUGGCGGCGCUUUCUCUAGGGCUGUUUUUGCCAAACUGAUGUUUGUUGUUGUUGUAAUAGAAUGAAACUUGUAAGAUAACAGCGUGUUAGGGAUCAAAAAGUAUUUCACAAUCCUCAUGACACCAUUUGCACAGAAAAUGUGUUAGUAGUAUUCAUAGUUAGUGCCCACCCCUUAAUUUUGCUAAUGGGAGGAUGAUAUAUUGCACAACAUCAUGUUCUGAUCGACAAGAAAGAUUAAUUUCCUGCUAGAAAGAUUACUUUCCGCUGGAUUCCACAGCUACACGAGACCAAAGACGGUUUUCCGAAUGAUAAAAGUUGUGCCAAAUUCUUUGCUGCGUCCUAAACCCUCCUAACAUAAGGGGUGAUCAUGGUACGAGCUCCAUGUUCUUAUGAUCUGUGGAUCGACAAUGGCGCCUGCGAGAAAAGAUCAAGCAACCACCAUGGAUGAGCAAAUCAAAAGCUUACAAGAAACAAUUCAGAUGCAAUUCCAGAUGCAACAACGACAGAUGAUGGAAUUGAGACAGGAGAUUAUGCAAAUGAUGACUCAACUCACUCAAUGAAACCGUAAGGAGCGUGAAGAAGUCUCAGGAAGUGUCUCUCGAACGCCAUACUCAGUGCAUUCGACGGCCAUGGAUCACAAUAAGCAUCAUUUGGGAGCUUCCCAAUGAUGAUCGGAGACGAAGCAACCCAGAUUGGAUCUUUCGAUCGUGUAUAUGAAUGAAGAAUGUCUGGAUUA